CUCGACUCGCACAGGACGGAUACAGCUUUGUUGUAGAACAAACGAGAGCUUGUGAUGCUCGGCGCUAUCUUAUACUCAACUUUGAUGUCCUUGGUGUAACAUGGACCCAGAUGGGGACCUAAACCCUGACACGGAUGACCUUCCGCUUCGAGCGAAUACUAACCACAUACUGGUCAGGCAUUAUGUCCUGGACCUGACUGUUCACUUUGACAGAAAGGUCAUCAGUGGUAGUAUUGUUCUGUUCCUGGAGCCUCGUUUGGGAGUGAGGACUGAGGCUGGAGGAAGUCAGGAUGGUUUUACAUCCAAAUACAAGGAGGUGGAUGCUCUGGAGGAUGGUAAAAAAGAGCUUGAAACGACUACAGCAAAGGUGGAGAAGAUGUGUGGUGAUGCAGAAAGUAUUCAGUCUUCAAGUCUGUGGCACACUACAAGUGGUGGUGAGUUCACCUUAGUGUUGGACUGCUGUGAUCUUGACGUGUCAAAGGUUGAAGAGGUGGACGUCACCUCUGUGGCACCCAUGUUAAGCCGCUUUCCAGAGGUACCAUCUAAAAAGUCAGGGGAUGUUUCAAGGAAGCCACAGGCAGCUUUUAUUCAGAACCUCAUCUCCAUGCCCUCCAGCCAGUGGAGGCAGCAGCAUCAACUCUUUUCACUGUGUAGCCGUGCCCCCGGUGCUCAGGAUGGAAGCACACUGCAGUUCCACAGAGACCGAUGGAGUCUACAGGUGAGGAAAAAUGGAGUCACAUCACCUCAGGAGUUCCCUUGUGCUCUCAGGAUCUGCUAUGAGACGAAACCAGCAGGAGGUUCAGUGCGAUGGACCAAAGAUCAGGACAACAGGGUGUGUGUUUACACCGCCGGUUCUCCCAUCAACAACCGAGCCCUCUUCCCCUGCCAGGAGCCGCCUGUUGCCAUGUCAACAUGGCAGGCAACAGUACGGGCCCCCAGUGAGUGCGUGGUUUUGAUGAGUGGGGAGGAGCAGGCAACAGUACCUGCUGAAGAUGGGGACACACAUUUCUUAACGUGGAAUUACUAUGUUACAAUGCCCAUGCCCGCCUCCACCUUCACUUUGGCAGUGGGUCACUGGCAACAAGUCACAGCAGAAAUCCCCCCAGAGCUGGAAAAAGGGGUGAGGGACGGGACAGACUGUGGCAAGACUGCCAAACUUGGGCCUGAGUAUGGGCAGUGGACUGAGGCUGAGCGUGUGUGUAGACUUGGAAGUUCUUCAAGUGAAGUAGUAAAGGGCUCUCCUCUCCAGACUGGCAGCAGGGACCAGACUACCUGCGUAGACUCUGCAUUCUGUUACUCUUCCCUUGAGGAUGAGGGACUCUCUGUAACUGAUUGUUCAGGCAUGGUAGAUGACGGCAUUUCUUGUUCCCAUGGCGACUACCCUUGCCGAUUUACUGAGCGGUCGGCUUGGUCCCAGCGGGUGAUUCCACAUCGUGUAUUUAGCCCUGCCUGCCUUCUGCAAAAGGCCCAGAUGGGAGUCCUUAAGCUGUUGCCUCAGUGUUUGGCUGCAGCCCAUGCUGUUCUGGGGGUGCACCCCUUUCCCCGACUUGAUGUUCUCAUUGUCCCAGCAGGGUUCUCAAGUCUGGGAAUGGCCAGCCCCCAUAUAAUUUUCCUGUCCCAGAGUGUGUUGUCUGCUGGGAGUCCCGGUUCUGAAGAAAACCUGUCUCUGUGUGGAUCCAGGAUUUGCCACGAGAUUUCCCACUCCUGGUUUGGCCUGGUUAUCGGAGCCAGAGACUGGACUGAAGAAUGGAUUAGCGAAGGCUUUGCCACCUGUCUUGAAGACAUUAUCUGGGCCCAAGCACAACAACUCUCUUUAGAAGAGAAAACAGAGGAGUGUGACCUGAAGGCACUUCUGAGGUGGAGAAGACUUUCCGAUGAGUUGCAAAACUCAAAAGAGGAACUUCAGAUCCUCAGACCUAACAUGGAGAAGACUGGUCAGGUCAGUGAAUCUGGCUCCUCCACAGUUAAGCAUGCCCUCAACCCUGAAAAGCCCUUCAUGCAAGUCCACUACCUCAAGGGCUACUUUCUCCUCAGGUUCUUGGCCAGUCAAGUGGGAGAGCAACAGUUUAUUGAAUUCUUCCAAUUAUUUGUGAAGAAAUACCACGGCCAUCUAAUUUUGUCCCAGGAUUUCCUGCAAAUGUUACUGAUUAGCUUUCCCGACAUGGAAAGAAAAGGCCUCACCCUCAGUGCUAUUUAUGCUGACUGGCUCGAUCAGCCGGGAAUUCCAAAGUGGCUGUAUGAAAGGAGCGCCGUGUGGUCGCAGGCAAGGCUGGUGGAAGAAGUCAAAGCAGAGGUUAUAAAAUGGAUCCUCCUCAGUCAGAGUCAUCACGGGAAGAGCAGAAAGCGGAAGAGAAUGGAGCCCAAGGUGAACUACAAAGAGCUGACGUCGGACCAGCUAGUGAUGCUUCUGGAGCUUCUGUUGGAGGAAUCGGAGUUAAGCGUGGCAUCACUUCGUGCUCUGCAGAGAACCUACAGUCUGCAGAAUCAGGACGCUGAGGUCCGACAUCGCUGGUGUGAACUUGUGGUCAAACACGCGUACGCUCAGGCUUACGGAGAUGUGGAGCACUUUCUGAUUCAUGACCAAGCCAUGGGUGUGUAUCUGUACGGGGAGCUGAUGGUUCAGGAGGACCCUGAGCAGCAGGCUCUGGCGCGUCACUGCCUCUCACUAGUCCAGGAAGAGAUGGACCAAUCGGCACGCAGAGUGGUGGAGGAGAUGGUCUUAUAACAGCAGAGGUUGCUGACUACAGACAGGAGGGACAGGAGUUUGGCACAGCAGCCGGACGAGAGUCCAGCACUCACCUGCUCGUUUGCCUGGAUUCUGCAGAAUAGCUCAGCAGUGUGAAAACCAGAGGGUUGUAUUCAUGCUCUGCAACUAAGGCCAACUGGCAAAGUUUGGAGCACAGCAGUUCUGUUCAUUCAAGUCUAAGAAAUAGCUGGUAUGUGCUAGAUAUGUGCACAAUUAGUCAGCCGGAGGCUUGAAUGUUGGUAUACUUGCUGGUCAGCUGAAGUAAUCAUUCAUAUUUUAUUAACCCUUUGAGGACUGAGUCAUCAAAGGUGUUACUCCCGAUCCCUUCAUAUGAAGAAAGAAACAGAUAUUUGUGUAAAAUAAGACAUAAUGUGUGAUGGGUCUGUAUAGAGUCUCUAUAGUCUUUAUUCCAUGAUUGCCAAGACAGCCACUUUAUUAGGUUCACCCAUUCAACUGCGUCUAAAUGCAGAUUUCUAAUCAGCCAAUCAUAUGACAGCAACUCAAUGCAUUUAUGCAUCUUUGAAAGUGGCGUGCUUUAGAACUAAUUGCAACUUGGAUCUCAGAGGGUUAAUGUACAAUGCCAGUGACUGGAAAUUGUUAACCAGUAAAAUGGACAGUUCUGCACAUUUUAAUAUAUUUGGUUAAUGAAUAAAUUGAUUAAUAGCUUCAGAUGACUCUCAGUUACACACAAAAUAUUUGUACGGACAACGUUUAACCUCACCUGUCAAAUUUGGCUCAGUUUUUGACUGUUUGCCGAUUUCCCACCAGUCAGUUAGUCCAAUUUCAUUCUCCUAUUUAAAUGUAGGAAAAGAAGUGAAUUGAAAAGGGGAAAAGUGAAUUGUAACCCAUAACUAUACAAUCUGUUCAUUAUGAGAUGUUGUUGUAUUGUUGGUGUGGAAAAUAGAAAAGAAAUAAUUAUGUAAUUAUGUAAAAAACAAAACAAAAAACAAAACAUAUUUCAAGGAAAAGUCACUGCAUGUUCAUCCAAGCUGAGCUGCUGUUAGUGUCUGUUUGUGUAGGUGUGUGUGUAAGUGUGAGUUCUUGUCUGUUUAGUCUAAAGUCACGAUUCGGUUCUUUGGAGUUUAGACUGGAAAUUCUUUGAGGUGAGUAAUGUUUUUAGAGUUUUUUCGUUUUUUUUUUCUGUAUUGAAACAGGCAACUCUCAGGGCAUUUCUACAUGUGCUGCUCUGCAGAUACUAACAGCAAACCUGUUUGUGUAUAAUAGAUUUUUUGUAUUUGCUGUUUAUGUUAAAAUAAA